GAUGUUUCCUGAUAAAAAGGGAAGUUAUUAUUUAACCCUCUCUUGAGAAUCUGUUGCAUCAGUUAACAUGAAAUGUCUCUUUCUAAACGAUCAGCAUAAAUAAAAAACACUGCAAUUACAGUUGCAGUUGAUUGUUAUGCCUAUUCCCUUGAUUUAGUAUUAUUCAUUCAGACAUUCAAAUAUCAAUAUCCAGCAUCACACCUUCACAGGUAGCACUAAUAAAAGCCUUCAUUUGAAUGUCUUUUCUGGAGGCACUGAAGGAGAGUUCCUGGGUGUGUGUUUUUAGAGACGAUGAUACUUUAGCACACUAGUUUGUAGGAUUCGCACGACUAACCUGAACUUUCGUUGUUCUUGUAGUUGAUAAUCUAAUAGGCUUCCCCCAUAAAUCUGCCUGUUGACAUUUGUGAUAUCAGAUGUGAUUAAUGCUUCACUGCUCUUUAAUGAAGCACUCGCUGUACAUCUCCAGCGUUCUUGACAGUAAAGGCAUUGGCAUCGAUAACACAGCGAACACCAAUGGGACUGUGUAACUCUCAUCCGAAGCUGUACCCCGGAGAUAUUCUUGAGUUUCCUGGCAACAGUUACUUUUCUCAUUUUGGCAUUUACUAUGGAGAAAGAGACGGCGUUCCUUAUGUGGCCCAUCUGACCAUCAGAGAUUCAGACACCAAACUCCUCCUUUUCGGCCGAGCUAUAAACGCCGCCGUAAAGCUAGACCCGCUUGACGUAGUCGGGAAAAAAUACAAGUUAAGAAACUACCUGGAUGACAAGCAUCCACCACGAGAUUUCUACGUUCUCAUCAAGCCGGAGAUCGAUGAAAUCAUGACGAAACCCAUCACCUUUGACAUCCUGUUCAACAACAGCGAACAUCAGGCCACAAUGUUACGAUACGGGGUUAAAAAGUCCGAGCAGAUUGAAAAAGUCUAUUCCAAGAUAGUUCCCACCUGGAAAGAUUUAUUUGAGAAGAAAAAGAUUUGAGAGCCACAUCUUCUGCAUGAAGACGCAAGACUUCAAGAUCAUACAAAAACGAUUUCUUUCUUAAAUAAUUCCUAUUGAAAAGAUCAUGUGUCAAAUAUACAUGCAUAACUUUUUGUACAACGUUAUUUGAUGUUAAAUGCAAUCAAAACAUACAUAAUCUUUAUUUUUGUGAAUGCAUUUGGUAUCUGAAUAUUGGAUAUUUUCAGUAUGUCUAUGUGUCCAGAAGGAGGCGACAAAGAGUUAAAGUUUGCAUUGGAUUUAGAAUAAAGAAGGAUACGAUAGUCAACCAAUUUAUCUACAUUAGAAAAAUCUUCCACAAAACAAAAAAAAUUACUUUUAUUUUUUUUAAGUUUUAUAGUU